CUCUAGGGAAAGUUAGGGAUGUAUUCGUUAGCCUUGGCGUGCUGUAUGUAUGUAGUUAGUGGCGAAGAAUUAGCUUUAGGAAGGAAAUUGUCGGAUUUGACUGCGCCCGAAGCUUUGGCGUUUGGAGAUUUGGAAGGAGCGGAGAGUAAGCAUCACAGUCAUUCCGAGAAACAUCAUCAUCACCACGGAGAACACAGUAAACAUCACAAGGAACACGACGGUCACGACGAAGGCCACAAAGACGACAAACACCAUCACCACGACUGGGAAGACCACGACGAUCACCAUCAUCACGAAGAUGGCGAUCACCAUCACCACAAAGAAGGGCACGAACACGAAGGACACCAUCACCAGAAUCAUCACCACGAAGGCGAUCACCACCACCACGAAGAGGACGGAGAAGGGCACCACCACGAAAAACACGGAGAUCAUCACCACAAGGACCACGGACAUAAAAAGCACGGUUUCAAAAAUUACUACCAUAAAGAAGAACACGGACAUCACAAAACCUACCACGAUCACCACCACGACGGCGACCACCACGAUAAGGAACACGAAGACCACCACGAACACGAGCAUCACGGGCACAAACAUCAUAAACACCACCACGAAAAAGACGAUCACGACGACCACGAACACGGCCACGAGCAUCACAAACACCACGAGGGUGGCCAUCACAGUCAACACGGAGAACACCAUAAACAUCACGGCCAUCACGAUCACGACGAACACGACCAUCAUCACAAAGGUCAUCAUCAUCAUCACGAGCACGACGAACACGGAGGUCACGGCCACAAACAUCACGAGAAAUACAGUGGCCAUCACAAACAUCACCGUCGUUAG